AUGGUGAUUGCGGGCACCAGCCGCGGCCUUCCCGCCUCCACCGUGCGGGUCUGCCGCCGCCUCCGCCGGCCAGCAGCGCGCUCAGGCGGUGGUUCCGCGCUUCUCGCGCGCCGCGCCGCCGCACUCGGCGGGCCGGAGCGCGCUUCGGAGCGUCGGCAGUUGCGCGCGCGCCUCCCGCGGCUGCGGUUGACAGUGUCCGCUCCUGGCGAGGCCCGGCACGGCGCUAGCAGGUCGCCGCCCGCGAUGGGUGCCGCCGUCGCGUACUGCCCGUGGCUGCUCUGCUACCUGCUGCUGAUCGUCUUCUGCGGGGGCGUGACUGUGCCCCAGCUGUACCAGGGAGAGCUCGUGUCGGUGUCGGAGGUGACGGUGCUGCAGGAGGCGGUGGCGCACCUGCCGUGCGUGCUGCAGCCGGAGCACGGCGACGUCGUGGAGCUGGUGCUGUGGUUCAAGGACGGGGCCGACUCCCCCAUAUACAGUGCCGCCGAGCAACGUGACCAUCGUGGAAGAGCGCGGCGCGCCAGAGCGUGA